UAGAAUUGAAUUUAAAGUAAUUGCAUUCUAAUUGAGUUUAAUUUUGAAUAUUUUUAAAGCAUGUCACAGCGAAUUGUUUUACUAUUUUUUGUUAUUAUGAGUAUGUAUUGCACAUGUUUAUCUAAGCCAUCCAGAAGAAAGUUUGAAUAUCCCAAGCAGUGCACAGCUUAUUAUUCUAACUCUAAAAGGCACACAUCAGCCUUAAAGGAAUGUCUGAUAAAAGAAUGUGGAGUCCGAACUAACGAAGAAUAUUCGGAUAAAAAUGGAUUAACAAGAUGCCAAUUAUGUGGUAAUGAUGGAAAACUUCGUUCUGUGUGUCAAGAAACACCAAUAAUUGGUUGUAAAUGUAAGGCCGGUUAUUGUCGUCAUCCAGCAACUGGAAGUUGUGUAUCAGAAUCUUCUCAAUAA